UGUCAAAAUAAAUCACUGAAUAAAAGUCAUAAUACAAGCACGUUUUUGGGUUUUGAGAGGUACGUUUUCGUUGAAUUUACAAUUUAUGCUUCCUAAAACAAUUUAUUUCUAGCAAUUUUAAAUGAUUUUGCGUGUACGUCCCAGUGUAAUCUAAUAAAGAUUUCUUUACAACGAUGGGGAAAGCACGUCACAAUGCAAAGGCUCGACAAGUUGUUAAAACAAACAUUGAUAAUUCUCAAACAAGCGAGAUAAAAUUAGAAUUUGGCAAAUCGGAUUAUGGCGCUUCGGAUGCAAGCAAUCUUUUGGCUCUACCUUCUAAAAAAAGGAAAACAAACAUCAUUAAAGAGAAAAAAGAAAAGACCAGAUUUCUAUCUAAAGCUCAACGGAAAAAGUUAGAAAAAAUAGUUGAAAAGAAGAAGAAGAAAGAAUCUAGGGCAGCACUGUUGGAAUCACUCUCUCAAGUCCAAGCUACUCCCGAUGAAGUGAAACAACUAACAGCCAUUUCUGCUGUACAAACUAUAGGUCUCAGAAAGUUGAAUGAGUUCAAUACAGAAGUUACAAUUAAACAAGAUACACAAAUAGAUGAACAAAAGAAGUUCAGCAGCAUAGCAGGUGCUAAGAAACGCCUUAGGCUGUUAAGAUUAGAAAAUUCAGAGAAAGUAAAGAAGAAAAAAUAUGACCCCAAUGUUGUUGGACUUGAAGAAUCAAGUGAUGAAUCAGAAUCAUCAUCAGAUGAAGAUGAUGAACCAGCAAAUGGUGAAAAUGGAAACAAAGAAGUUAGUGCCAACAAUGUUGAGAUUGUUGAAAAUAAUUUACCCGAAACAGUACAAGAUGUAACAAAAAUAACUGAAAAAUAUCCUCCCGUAGAAGUUAAACAAGUUAUAGUUGUUGAACAGAAAAAACCAUUACUUGAACACCCUACGGUUCAUAUUGAUGUGAAACGAGAUCCAAAAAUACAAGUGGCGAGGUUAAAACUACCAAUACUUGGUGAAGAGCAAAGGAUCAUGGAAUUAGUAAAUGAAAAUGAAUUUCUUAUUGUUGCUGGUGAAACUGGUAGUGGUAAAACAACUCAAAUACCCCAAUUCCUAUAUGAAGCGGGGUAUGCGGAAAAGAAAAUGAUCGCAGUCACGGAACCACGACGUGUGGCCACUGUGGCCAUGUCUGCUAGAGUCGGCCAUGAACUUGGCUUAACCAGUAAAGAAGUUUCAUAUUUAAUGCGCUUCGAGGGAAAUGUCAAUAAAGAUACAAAGAUUAAAUUUAUGACUGAUGGUGUGUUACUAAAAGAAAUUCAAACAGAUUUUUUACUAAGUAAAUACUCUGUGGUGAUAAUCGAUGAAGCACACGAAAGAAGUGUUUACACAGAUAUACUGCUAGGACUUUUAUCUAGAAUUGUACCUUUGAGGAGAAAACGUGGCAAUCCAUUGCGAUUGAUUGUUAUGUCCGCUACAUUACGAGUGGAAGAUUUUAUUGAGAACAAACGUCUGUUUAAAGAACCUCCACCAUUGGUUAAGAUUGAUUCCCGACAAUUUCCUGUGACAAUACAUUUCAACAAACACACGUACAAUGAUUAUUUGAAGGAAGCUUAUAAAAAGGCAGUUAAAAUACACACAAGAUUGCCCGAAGGAGGAAUAUUGAUUUUUGUAACAGGCCAACAAGAAGUAAGAUAUUUAGUUCGCAAGUUAAAAGCCUCGUUUCCAUAUCGUAAGGAUGUUGAUUAUACCAAAGUGAUAACAAAGAAGUCUGUGGGUGAAGUGGACACGGCUUUGGACUCCGAGCCCGAAGAUAUUGAAUCUGAUGAUGAUGAGGUGGAAAAAGAAAUGAAGAGAGCACGCAAAGCAAGGAGAAAAGCAAAGAUAAAAGCGAAGGCGUUGCCUAAGAUUAAUUUAGACGAUUACGAUAUGCCUGAGGACGACGGUCAGGCGGACCUCGUGGGGAGUGAUGACGAUAGUGAGGGCCACUUGACUGAUUCUGAUAAUGAAGAUAAGAUACUGGAGACAGAGAUAAGAUCAUGUCGUGAACCUGUGUGGGUGUUGCCUCUGUACUCAAUGCUGAGCUCGAGUAAGCAGGCGCGUGUGUUCGCGUCGCCCCCCGCCGGCGCGCGUCUCUGUGUCGUCAGUACAGACGUCGCCGAGACCUCGCUCACUAUACCUCAUAUCAAAUAUGUCGUCGAUACUGGAAAGAAAAAGAUGCGUGUGUACGACCACAUAACGGGUGCGAGCGCAUGGCGCGUGGUGUGGACGUCGCAGGCGAGCGCGGCGCAGCGUGCGGGCCGCGCGGGACGCACCGCGCCGGGGCACGCCUACCGCCUCUACAGCACCGCCGUCUUCUCACACGACCUCCCCGACCACCACCAGCCCGACCUCGCCAGGAGACCUGCUGAUGAUGUCGUACUGCUCAUGAAGUGUAUGGGCAUUGACAAGGUAGUAAACUUCCCAUUCCCGACGGCACCGGACAGACUGCAGCUGCGACUGGCUGAGAAACGUCUCCAGGUCCUCGGCAUACUGGAGGAACCUCCCGUUAAGAGCAAACGUAAUGACGACGAACAGGUGUUAAAAGUGUCGCCACUGGGCAAGGCGGUGUCCGCGUUUCCAUUGUUGCCGCGGUACGGCAAGAUGUUAGCGCUCAGUCACCAGCAGCAACUUUUGCCAUAUGCCAUCGCGCUUGUCGCUGCGCUCACCGUGCCCGAGGUGAUGAGUGGUAAAGCAGAAUGUUGGCCGGCGAGUGGUGAGAUGUUGCUGCUGGGAGACGCCGGCGUGCUGCUGCGUGCUGUGGGCGCGGCCGAGUACGCGCAUCUCAACUCCGAGGAGGAACUCUUCUGUGCUAAACACGCCUUGAGGGACAAAGGAAUCAAAGAGAUACGUAAACUUCGCAAGCAACUGACAUCGGAGAUAAAUCUGAGUGUGGCAGGUGUUGACGUCACAGUAGAUCCGCACAUGAAGCCGCCUGAUGAGAAUCAGGCCAGGCUGCUGCGUCAGCUCAUGCUGAGCGGACUGGGAGAUCAAGUUGGCAAGAAGAUAGCCUUGAAUGAAGUUAAAGACGGCGAGGACAAACGCAAGUUCAAAUACGCGUACCACUGCGCGGAGUUAGAGGAGCCGGUACAUUUGCACUCAGAGUCCAUCCUCAGGCAAUGCAUACCUGAGUGGGUGGUGUACCAGGAGCUGUAUGAAACUGGUGCGGAAGCGAGACGCAAGAUGGUGAUGAGGAAUGUUACUGCCAUUGAGCCUGAGUGGCUGCCGGUUUAUGUUCCACAGUUGUGCAACUUAGGUGAACCAUUAACAGACACAGAGCCGAGAUACGAUGAAAUCUCUGGUCGUGUGAGAUGCAGCUUCAAAGGAACUUUUGGAAAGGCUUGUUGGGAACUGCCCGUUGUUGAGAUUGAUUAUCCAGACAAAAUUGAACGAUACAGAUGGUUCGCAAGAUUCUUACUAGAGGGCGUUGUGUUUCCUAAGUUAAAGAAAUAUUCAAGUAGUUUGUUGUCACCUCCUUCCACGAUGGUGAAGAGUUGGGCCAGGCUGCAGCCGCGCACUGAACUGCUGCUUAAAGCACUUAUCAUGCGCAGAGCGGGCACCAGACAACAACUUAGAGAUGCCUGGGAGGAUAAUCCUAAGUAUUUAUUGGACGAAUACAUGAAAUGGCUGCCCGAAUCAGCGCACAACGAAAUCACUCUGUACUGGCCCCCGAUAUAAUUGUUUAUGACAAACAAUUUGUAAAUAGUGUAAA